AAGGGCCGCAAUGACAUGCCGCGUGAUGUCGUGCUCGGCGUGCAUCGCAACCUCGCUGCACUCACGUCCAUCAACACGAAAGAGCGCAACGAUGCCAUUCACGCGCGACAAGAGCUGGAGAAGGCCAAAGUCGAUAUUGAAGCACUCAAAGGCGAGCUCCAGACGAUGCAAGCCCAAGAAACCAGCGCGCAGCCUCGCGCGAGAGCAAUCGAGAGAGAGCUCGCACGAGCAUAGCGACGCCCAGUACACCGCGCGUGUCGCACCUCAAAUCCUUUGACGCGUCAAUCGAACUCGACGCCAAGCUGCGCGCUCUCGAGAACCAGCACCAGAGCCUUGUCGAGACGAAUCGCCAGCUCAUCAAGCAGCUACAGAAAGCCGAGGGAGGUCGACAGCACACGUCAAUGACGCUCGAGAGUACCCGCUUGGAUCUCGAGCGGGCAGCCAACGAAGUUCUCGCGCUGCGAGCGCAGACGCAUGAGCUCCGAGAGCAGAAUCAAACGCUCCUGCAGUUUGAAGCAACAUCCAAAAAAUUAGCGCUGGAGAACGACCAGCUGCGGCUCGAGGUCGUCCGCGCCCACGACGACGCCAACGCCAAGGCGCUGCGCGACCGAAGAGGGCACCAAGGCCUCCACGACGAAAUUGCCGCGCUCACAAACGAGAAGGCGCUGCACACCGAUAGAAUUGCAGAGCUAACGACGACGGUGGCCGCAAUCUCGGACGACCACGCAGUGACGCAUGCCAAGCUCCUGCACCUAGAGAGCGUCCAUGCCAUCUUGGAAGCCCAGGUGAAGACCCUCAUGGAGACGAACUUGGAGCUCGCGCGGGCAAAAGCUCGACUUGGCGAUGAGCUUGCGCACGAGCGGUCGUCCGAGAUGCGCCAGGAGCGGAACGCGCUGGACGCCAAGUGCCUCGAGCUUGCAAGCACGGUGGGUACGCUCGAGACAGACUUGCUCCUCGAGCGCGACGUGUCGGCCAAGAAGCAGGCGCUUGUCGACCAGUACAAGGUGGCCAUGGCGGGCAUGACAGCGCAGAUCGAAGCGCUCGUCAAGCAAGUCGCGCACCUCGAAGCGCACCAAGCGCCGCGAGACGAGUCGAGUCUCCUGCACCGUCUCCACGACGCACCCGCGUCGGCGAACGCGACCGUGGCAGCGCUCCAAAUGGCGCGCAAUGGGAAAGACGAAGCGCUCUCGAUCCUCUCGGAAGAGAAGGCGCAGCUCGCAGCCCGUGUUGGCGAGCUGCAGGACGAGAACUCGGCGCUCGUGCUGCGCCUCAAGGCGGGUGAGAACAACCAGAUCGCAUUGCUGCAGUCACAAAUGCACGCGUUGCUCGCCAAGCAAACGGACCUCCUUUGCGCCAAAGACGCGGCCGUCGCCGACUUGGCCAAGGCGCGCGCCGACGUCACUGCCCUGCGCAUCGCGUUUGACGAGUUGCAGGCGAGGACCACGGACCCCGCGGCCGCGACCCUCCUUCGCCGCGCCCACGACGAGCUGCGCGCGACGGUGCAAAAGAUCGUCGAGGCCGAGGCGUCGUCCGAGAGCACAUUUACCUGUCUCUUGUGUAUGCAAGUGCUCGCGCAGCCCAUGACGCUCGUGGGCUGUGGCCACACGUUCUGUCGGCGCUGUGUCGUCCGCGGCAACCGAGAAAGCAAGAUUGUCUGCAAGGAGUGCCACUACGAAUGCAUGGAGAAGAGCUUGUUUGAGAACCAAGCCCUCGCCGACCUUGCUGCCCGCUUCGUAUUUCGCCAGCAAGCGCUGGCUUCGCUUACCGCCACAUGCCAAGACCUCGACGCCGCCUUUGUUGCCUCGGCGCCGCCCACAUGACCCUCAGCCUGAACGAUCAAUGUCAUCUCCGUGUUCCAUCGUACUCGCUGCUCCGUGCAUGCUGCAUCGCUUCGCCUCCUU